AUGGUCAGCUCCAAGUUGGACGAAGUCCAAAACGAUACAAAAAGGGCCAGAAAUGUUGAGGAAGAGAUGCCUUCGGGUGGAAGGGGAGGCUCGUGGAGUGGCGGUCACGAGGGCUACAGCAGUCGAUCAACGGGCCCGUCCGAUGUAAAGCAGGCACGACCUCCAAACGAUUACACAUCCGUAACGUUGCUGCUAAACAACAAUCAAUCAAAGCCACGAAUCUCAUUUCAUAGUGGUAGUACUGCACCGGAGCACGCUGUUGUUGGGAUUCGGCCCUCGUCUGGUGGGAAGGUCACUCUUUGA